GGUGAAACGAAAAGAUUAAAUUUGUUUCAAUCGUUAACGAAUGCUAUGGAUAUUGCUAUGGCUAGUGACCCAAAUGCAGUUAUCUUUGGAGAAGACGUUGCCUUUGGUGGCGUAUUUCGCUGCACUUUAGGACUAGCGGACAAGUACGGAAAGGAUCGAGUAUUUAAUACUCCAUUAUGUGAGCAAGGAAUUGCCGGUUUUGGAAUUGGUUUAGCGGCUGCUGGAGCUACUGCGAUAGCAGAAAUUCAAUUUGCUGACUAUAUAUUUCCCGCUUUUGAUCAGAUUGUAAAUGAAGCUGCAAAAUAUCGCUAUCGCUCUGGUAAUAUAUAUGACUGUGGCAAGUUAACAAUCAGAGCACCUUGUGGAGCUGUUGGUCAUGGUGCCUUAUAUCAUUCGCAGUCACCAGAAGCAUACUUUUCACAUACUCCUGGACUUAAGGUUGUCAUUCCUCGCAGUCCUAUACAAGCCAAAGGUCUGCUGUUGUCUUGCAUUCGUGAUCCGAAUCCUGCCAUAUUUUUAGAACCGAAAGUGCUAUAUCGUUCUGCAGUCGAAGAAGUUCCGGUAGAUGACUAUGAAAUUCCGCUAUCAAAAGCUGAAGUAGUUAUGGAGGGUAGCGACAUAACACUUGUCGCUUGGGGCACUCAAUUUCACAUUAUAAAAGAGGUUGCCGAUAUGGCUCGUGAAAAAUUUGGAGCAUCAUGUGAAGUUAUAGAUUUAAGAACAAUUUUACCUUGGGAUUAUCAAACUGUAGUGAAGUCUGUUAAGAAAACUGGAAGACUAGUUGUGAGCCAUGAAGCCCCAAUAACCUCUGGAUUUGGAGCCGAAAUUGCUAGUACUAUCCAGGAGCGAUGCUUUCUUAGCUUAGAAGCGCCAAUCCAGAGAGUAUGUGGGUUGGAUACGCCUUUCCCACACAUAUUUGAACCCUUCUAUGUUCCGGAUAAGUGGCGAUGCUUAGACGCUGUUAAGAAAGCACUCGACUAUUAA